ACAUUUUGUCCGCUUAAAGUAUACGCUAAUUUUCUGAAUAUAAGCUUAGACAGUUUUGUGUUUGUUGUUGGUUGUAACUUGUAGCUGAGCAUAAACAGCUUCAAUGUCGAUAUUCGGUGCCACUGCUGCCGCGAACACAAAUCCCAAUAAGUCUGUCGAGGUUCAACAAGCUCCUGCUGAUUCUGUAUCAAGCCUCUGCUUCAGUCCCAAGGCUAAUCUUCUCGUUGCUACUUCAUGGGAUAACCAGGUGCGAUGCUGGGAAGUGAUGGGAAGUGGAGCCAACGUUGGAACUGUACCCAAGGCCUCUAUAUCACAUGAACAGCCGGUUCUAUGCUCAACUUGGAAGGAUGAUGGGACAACUGUCUUCUCUGGAGGUUGUGACAAGCAAGUGAAAAUGUGGCCGCUAUCUGGUAGUCAACCUGUAACUGUAGCCAUGCAUGACGCUCCUGUCAAGGAAUUGGCUUGGAUCGCAGAGAUGAAUCUCUUGGUCACAGGAAGCUGGGAUAAGACUCUGAGGUACUGGGAUUUGAGACAGCAAAAUCCAGCAUACAUCCAACAACUUCCUGAGCGCUGCUACGCACUUACAGUGAAAUAUCCUUUGAUGGUUGCUGGCACAGCUGAUAGAAAUCUUAUAGUUUACAAUUUGCAGAAUCCUCAGACUGAGUUCAAGAGAAUUCUCUCACCUUUAAAGUAUCAAACUCGGUGUUUAGCUGCCUUCCCUGAUCAACAAGGUUUCUUGGUUGGCUCUAUUGAAGGUCGGGUUGGUGUGCAUCAUCUUGAUGAUUCACAACAAAGUAAAAACUUCACAUUCAAAUGCCACAGGGAGGGCAACGAAAUUUACUCAGUCAACUCUCUGAACUUCCACCCUACACAUGGAACAUUUGCAACUGCGGGAUCUGAUGGUUCCUUCAACUUUUGGGACAAAGAUAGCAAACAGAGGCUUAAGGCAAUGUCAAGAUGCAGCCAGCCCAUACCUUGUAGCGCAUUCAACAAUGAUGGUUCAAUCUAUGCAUAUGCGGUUUGUUAUGAUUGGAGCAAGGGUGCAGAAAAUCAUAAUCCAUCAACUGCAAAAACAUACAUUUACUUGCACUUCCCACAGGAUUCUGAGGUUAAAGGCAAGCCACGAAUUGGAACUAGCGGUAGAAAGUGAAGUCAGCAGGAAAGCUUCUUCUCACCAUUUCAGAGAGUUUGUUUUGUUCUGUACAUUGCAUUUUUCUGUCUGCAGUCUUGCAAUUAAUUUGUGGGAGUAGGAGUUUGAGCUUUUGAACACUCAGAAGAUAGUGAUUUGAGUCUGAUAUUCCUUAUUAGUAGGAGCUUGCUUGUAGCAAUACUUUAAUCUCCUUAGAGAAUUAGAUAAUUGCUUAGUCUCCA